AGAAGCAGACGAGGUCCGUUGUGCCUAAAAUGGAUCCUACGGACGCCGGAGAGAGCAAGGAAUCUAACCACGAGGAACUAGACUUUCUCUCGGCUAUUUCUUAGUGACUGACGCAAUCUUAUUAUUCUGUUAUUCUCUUUGGAACGUUUUCGAAACAAAUCGAUCGAAAUUAACGAAUGUUCGACAAGUAAGCGGAUUAUCUUGAGACGCUAUUUGCACGGGACAGAAAAAUCUUUAAAAGCGGGAUUUUAGAAGGAAAAAAAAAAAAAAAAGAAAAGAACAGAUGCUAUAGUGAUCGGUUCUGACUGCCAAUUUCCUGGAAAAGAUGCUGAUAAACUUUCAACAUUUCUGAUGCGAUCUUCAGAAUAAUUAUUUCCAAAAUUUAUUCAAAUUUUUUUUCGGGAGAAGUGUUACGAAUUUUUUUGUUCUACAACAUACUUCAUCUAAAACUGUAUUUUGUACGGUUUGGGGCAGUCAGUAUCUUCUGAUUUAACAUCCCAUAUUGUGGGAACUAUAAGAAUUGAUUCUUCAGAAAGGGUGAAUCUGUGAAAAGUAAUUCCGACAGAUGAAUUACCCCGCCCCGUGCAAAAAUCAAGUGCUCAUUUUUUUAUGAUAAAUAUUUUACGGAUAUGGAAUAUUAUUUGUAUAUCAGUUAACGAAUAGAACUAGAAGAAAUCAAUAUUCAUCCUAAUUCAUCACAAUUGAUACUGUUUUCUUAACUUAAGAAAGUUACGAUUUGCUCAGAACUUCUUCAACUUCUUUGAAGAAAAAGAAGCUGGUCAUUAUGACGGGCAGAAAAGACCAGUUAUCCGUUCUUUUGAGCGGUGGAUUUCCUUGGGGGUUUCGACUGCAGGGUGGAGCUGGAACAGGAUUACCCCUCGUCGUUUCUAAAGUCCGGAGAAAAAGCAAGGCUUACAAGCGACUGUGUGAAGGAGACUUGAUUUUGAGCGUGAACGGCAAGUCUUGCCAGAAUCUCACCUACGACCAAGUUAUGGAGAUCGCGGACAAAAGUGGCACAGAUUUAACUCUCCAAGUAUUACGGCAAGAAUCGGACAAAGAAAAUCUUGCUCCCCAGCUACCAGCAUCUUCAGAAGCAGUCAAAGAACCUCUCCACUCCGUCACCAAGCUAGAGAAUGGAUCCCUUACAAACGAAGUACUUUCUGUCAAAGAGACCAGCACCAAGAUUACCAAAGAAACGGAAGGGAUGCGGAUAAAAUCUGCAGUUCUGCUUCCAGACAUCGAUUUCGCAGCGACACAUAAAAUCCUCGAAAAUUUCACCAGUACCAAGUUACUGGAAGAUAAAGACGAAACAGCGGAAAAGGAAGUGACAUCUACAGAACCAUUUCCACCGUUUUCCGAAUUGCUUCAGACUUCUCAAGGACCUCCGAAACCCCCUCGAAGCCCAAUCGAUCUAUCGACGUCAUCCAAAACUGAAGAAGUCAGCCAAGACGACAACACAUACAUUAAGACAACAACUGAACGGAAGCACGAGGUUGUGGGCAACAAAGAGAUCUCGUACGUCAAGCAAGAACAGGAAUCUGUAUCCAAAUCUAGCACCAGUCCUGUUCCAGACAUCACUCUGGACACGAUAGAUUUGAACAACCUGAUCAGCGCCACGCAGAAGAGGCUGGACAGCUUCAAAAACGGAUUCGCGCAGGAAACGCCAACCGUGUCAGACGCCCUGUCCAGCACCUACGAGAUCAAAAAGACUGAAAUUUCAUCUUCGACUGCCUUGACGUCCGAAAGCAAAACCACAGAAGUGACCAACUCCGUGGACCAGAGCACUGAUUCUACGUUACAGGAUAUUGUGGUCGAUUUCAAAAAGAAUGAUACUGGAAAGAAAAUUCCCCCUCCUCCACCACCUAAACCAAAAAUUCGGCCUCUUAGCGAAUCCUAUGCCCAAACUUUCAAGGACUGCUUAAAAGAAAUGGAGAUGAAGAGCGAAGAGCAAAUCAUGUCUUCUACAUUACCUAAGCCGAAAGUUCGGCCUCUUAGCGAAUCGUUUGCUGGAAAUCUGAAGGACUGCUUAAAAGAACUGGAAACGGUAAGAAAAACUAUGAGUGUGCUAUCUGGCCUGCCUCUAAUGGUGUAGAAACUUUUACUACUG